GGACGCACGCACGCCGUUUCCUAGGAGAUGGAACACACUGGCCGCCGGAGCUUCAUUAGGGAGCUAACGAGGGUGUUCAUAAGAAUGGAAGCACCGUUUCCUUGCCAGAUUCCUUACUGCUGCAUCUUAUGAACCUACAGAAUCUUGGGGAAGAACCUGUAUUUAAUGAUGACAAAACCUGUCACCAGUGUAGCAAGAACGGCCUGAGGGCAGAAACGAAUAAAAAUAAAAGACGCGUUUAUAUUUAUAUUCAACAAAGACGUCCUUUCCCGUGGACAGCCUGCGCUGCAUCAUUCUUCCGAGAUGAACCGGUACACGACCAUGAGACAGCUGGGGGACGGCACGUACGGGAGCGUGCUCAUGGGCAAGAGCAACGAGUCCGGGGAGCUGGUGGCCAUCAAAAGAAUGAAGAGGAAGUUCUAUUCUUGGGAUGAAUGUAUGAACUUGAGAGAAGUUAAGUCUCUGAAGAAACUUAAUCAUGCCAAUGUGAUCAAACUGAAAGAAGUUAUCAGAGAAAAUGACCAUCUUUAUUUUAUAUUUGAAUAUAUGAAAGAAAACCUCUAUCAAUUAAUGAAAGACAGAAACAAGUUGUUCCCUGAGUCUGUCAUCAGAAAUAUUAUGUAUCAGAUAUUGCAGGGGCUGGCAUUUAUCCAUAAACAUGGUUUUUUCCAUAGGGACAUGAAACCAGAAAACUUGCUUUGUAUGGGUCCAGAACUUGUGAAAAUUGCCGACUUUGGACUCGCGCGAGAACUGAGGUCGCAGCCGCCGUAUACGGACUAUGUGUCCACCAGAUGGUAUCGCGCUCCUGAGGUCUUGUUAAGAUCUUCAGCCUACAGCUCUCCCAUCGACGUGUGGGCUGUCGGCAGUAUAAUGGCUGAACUCUAUACACUAAGACCACUUUUCCCGGGGACAAGUGAGGUCGAUGAAAUCUUUAAGAUUUGCCAGGUCUUAGGGACUCCCAAAAAAAGUGACUGGCCAGAAGGGUACCAGCUUGCAUCCUCUAUGAAUUUCCGUUUUCCCCAGUGUGUUCCUAUAAACCUAAAAACUCUUAUUCCCAAUGCCAGUAACGAAGCCAUUCAGCUUAUGACUGAAAUGUUGAACUGGGACCCAAAGAAACGACCAACAGCAAGCCAGGCUUUGAAACACCCAUAUUUUCAAGUUGGUCAAGUAUUAGGCCCUUCCUCACAUCAUUUGGAAUCGAAACAGCCUUUAAAUAAGCUUGUGCAACCACUCGAACCAAAGCCAUCUGCAGCGGACCCAGAACCUCAGCCUCUGCCGGACAUAAACGACCAGGCUGCUGGACCGCCCCAGCUGAAGAACAGCCACCAGCCACUGCGGUCCAUCCAGCCACCGCAGAACGUGGGUGUCCAGCCAGCACCCAAGCAGCACAGUCAGCAGAAAAGGCCGCCAACCCUCUUUCCAAGUAUCGUCAAAAGCAUGCCCACCAAGCCGUGUGGCGCCCUGGGCCACAAAGGCGCCCGGAGGCGCUGGGGCCAGGCUGUGUUCAAGGCUGGAGACGGCUGGGCAGACCUGGAGGACGGCGACUUUGGAGCCUCCCAUUCCAAGAAGCCAAGCAUGGGCUUGUCCAAGGAAGCAAGGAGAAAGGAGUCUCCGUUUCGGCUUCCAGAGUCGGUGCCCGCGGGCUCCGGCUACUCACCGAGGGAAAACAAGAGCUUCCCUGCUGCUGCGACCCUGAAAUCGGAUUCGGAACUGUCAACUGCUUCCACGGCCAAACAGUACUAUUUGAAACAGUCAAGAUACCUUCCGGGUGUAAACCCCAAGGACGUGUCCCUGAUUGCCAGUGGGAAGGAUAUGAACCCAUAUGUCUGGAACAGCCAGUUGUUUCCUAAGUCCCUGGGACCCUUGGGGGCAGAGCUUGCUUUCAGAAGGAAUAACGCAGAAGAAAGCAUAAUCAAACCCAUUGAAAAGCUAUCAUGCAAUGAAAGCUUCCCUGAAAAAUUAGAGGACCCACAAGGAAAUCUUGGAAGUUAUGCUCCUUACAAUCAGGCAGGAUAUAUUCCUUCCUUUCUCAAAAAAGAAGUGGGGUCAGCUGGCCAGAGGAUACACUUCGCACCUCUUGGUGCGACAGCUUCAGGUCGACCUUUUACAGAUGAGGAAGCUGACAUUGUGAGCAGCUCACUGAGGGUCACUCGGCUCGUAAGCGGCGGAGCUGGGACUGAGCCUGUCCGUCCAAGUCCAGAGAGAGGGCUGUGCUGCCCGAGGAGACGUGAGAGGGUGAAUCUCUCAGAGCUCCCUGCCUGGUACCAGGCACUGAGCAAAAAAAAACCGUGACAGAUGCUGAGGCUCCGCCACGUGUCAGAUUUUCCUACAGAUCGUGCUAGGAGGAAAGGUUAAAAAAAGAAGUAAAUAUUAACCAUUCUCAAGUGGUCAAUGCAAAUCCUUAGGAAAACACUGUUCUGUAAGAGAUGUGUCUUCCAGCCCUCCCAUUGGUGUGACAGUUGCCCACAAGAGAAUAAACCAGGUCAUUACCGUAUUUAUUUGCCUGUUUCCCGUCUCUCGGGCUCCCUCUCUGCUCUAGUCCUCAUCCUCGAGUUUGGAGCAGAAACGUCAGAUGAGCCACCUCCUCCCUCGCCAGGCUGUCUCUCAUCCCCCUGGUGCCUCCGUGUCCCCUGCUCUGACGGCCACAGGGACCCGGUUCAGACACCAUCUGCCCCGAGGCGCGCUAACUCACUGAAUUCUCCCAGCGCCUCUGCGGCAGAAGGCGCCGUCGUGAGCUCCACCGCACAGAGGUUUUCUGUCUUGCUAAAAGUUAUGGAUCACCUUCUUAACUGGAGGCAAACACCUUUUCCUUUGGCCAACAAGGAACUCCUUGUUUUCGGCAAGGGGCUAAACGACCCUGAGAGGAGACAGGCCAGCUUUAAAAUGAACGCACAGCCAGCGUCUGCAGGCUCUCAGCUCCGCUCGGGGGGGUGGUGCAGGGUGGGCACCAGGUUCGUCACCCCCGGGGGGCUGGAGCCCUAAAACAGUUAUUUCCCAGGAAGGACUCCUGCCUCACUGGCAAGAUGAUUCCCUUUUGAAAGAAGGUUUUACGAAUACUGGCCUGAACAGUCUCCUUCAAAUGCAUCGGGACUUGACUUAGACUGUCACGAUGAGGAAAGAAAGCUGCUCUGGGUGUCACUCCCCGGGCCCUUGCUUCUCACCCACUGGUAACUUAGGAGUGGGUUCCCUUUCCCCGUCUCUGAGCUACGGGGGGCCGCCUCCGAAGUGCCCUCUCCUCCGCCCGCCCGUGGUACCAUUCUGCUCAGCCGGCGUCUUCAGAUGGGAGGCCGCUAAUUUAUCAUACUGAUGCUGGUCUGUAUCCCAGGGGGUUAUAACCAAAGGGCUAUUCUAGAAAACAUGGCGCACUUACCUGGCCCUUCUAGACGCUGUCCCUGUCUUUGUUAGGAGCUUUGUGUUGCCUCUGAGAACUUUAAACCCAGUAUGCGUGGGAUGAAAUGACCUGGUAAAACCAAGAAAGAGCUCCUGGCCUCCUUGUCCCGACCAAGCCACCAAUCCCCCAGCUGACCGUCACCAGGAUGGUGCCUCACUUAAGGCUUCGUUCCCUGUCAGCCAAGGUUAGCAGCACGUCAGGACCCACCUGCCCCCAUGAGUUCCUCCUACACUCCCGAUUCUACAGUAAAAAUGUAAGAAAAGAACGGGAAAAGCAUGCGAAUAAAUAGAGCAGAGCUAGUAUUAAAGUGUACAGAAUGGUUAGUCAUUUCAGAAUUGACUCCUAUAAUCCAAGAGUGAUACUGACCACAUCGUGUCAAAAGGUAUUUAAAUCCCAAACAGAAAGAUGGACCAUCAAGUGAGAACAGCUUGACACCUGGCUGCCAGUUGGAAGCAAGGAGGGGCAGAGGAGGGACUGAGAAGUUCUCUAGAAAAUGAUUUUACUGCUUUGUCAUUUGAGAUACUCAAGCAAUCAGAGCUUAGAAAUGGUUCAGGUAACAAAUGUCUAACACAGUAAAAUGUUUCACAAAGUCUUCAUCUGCCAAAUCUAAGUAUGAAUAAAACGAGCCUCGUAAUGAAAGGUUUGGGGUCCGAAGAUGGCUCACCAUUCAAAGGGCGUUUGUUGUCAUCCAUCAAUUUCCCAAUAAAACAUUUAAGUUUCUUGACUCUAAAAACCACAUUUUCAGGUUUAAAGAGGAACCUACAAUGGGACCCCACGAAGUCAGACUUUACAGGACUGACAAUUGGGAAUGCAUUUUCUGUAGUGAAGCUGUGUUCAAGUGUCAUUUAGAUGUAACCACAGUGUGAUAUAAAUAGUUACUAACACUGUGGGAAAGACUGCAGGCAACAGGAGAAGGGGGAAACAGAGGAUGAGAUGGUUGAUUGGCAUCAGUGACUC